AUGCCCUCCGGGUUCGUGGACCUGGCUGACGCGCCGAGGUAUCUGGCCCUCCGUGCCGUACGUCGACGCUGUCGCGAACACCGACUUCGGGAAGCCGUUCGCUCGAUCAACGACCUCUCCCGUGCCUCGGUCCACGGGUUCGGCAGCGUGCCAGCCCGUGGCUCCACCAAGCCCGGCGAGCCCUCCGCCACGCAGGCCAGUUGCCUCGCCCACUUGCGUCGCAACAUCGGCCGGCACGGCCCACGGCCGCCUGGGCUCACACCUCGCGGGGCCCUUCAGGAGCUCCUCAAGUCCGACUCGCUGUACGCCGGGGCGCCCUCCAAGGUCGCACCCUACAGUGAGGACAAGCUCAAGUUCUGGAAGUCGAAGAUCGUCCCGAAGCGUGUCGAGGACAUCUGCCCCGACUUCGUCGUCCGCGCCUUCGCCGACCCCGAUCGGUACGUGCGGAAGCCGGACAGGGUCUUCUUGGCUGAUGCGGAGGUGCUCGACCCCAUCGUGCCCUACUGGGACCCUCACCUCGCUGGCUCGCCCGACGCGCGGGUCAGGUUCGUCCGCCGCCUGGCGGAGCGAGGCCUUGUCGGCUACCGUCGGCGUAUUCGUGCUCGCGUGGGCUGCUUCUUCGUCGAGAAAAAGGGUGGGUUCAUCAGGCUCGUGGUCGACGCCCGCGAGACGAACCGGACCCACUGGAGUCCUCCGCACGCUGCCCUCGGGACUCCGGCCGCGCUCGCCGAGCAGGACUGGUCGGACGCCGCCCUGGGAGCCUCCGACGCGACCUCGGCGCCCGCCAUCUACGGUGCCUCGCUCGACCUGGCCGACAGCUUCUACCAGUUCUGCUCGGACGCCCUCGCGGAGGACUUCGGGAUGGACUACCCCGAGCCCGCGUCGGUGUACGGGGCGACGCACGUCUGGGAGGGCGGCCGCUUCAUCCCCGUCGGCGCCGACGAGGUGGUGUUCCCCGCCUUUCGUGGCGUCGCCAUGGGCUGGAGCUGGGCUCUUUGGGUCGUGCACUCCUCGGUCACUUCGUGGGUGGGUCACGCGCUCUCAGGCGGGCCUGCGAGCCUCGUCCUGGACCGUCAGCCGCCGCGCCCGGCGGCCCCGGGCAGGCCCGCCGGCUCCGUCUACGUCGACAACGUGGGGAUCCUGGGUCUCUCCGCCGCCGAUGCCGCGGCGGGCCUGGCCAGCGUCAUGGAGGAGCUCGACCGCCGGGGCAUCGUGUACCACGAGGUCUGCGAGCCGUCCCUCGAGUUCGGUAUGGUGGGCGUGGUGUAUGAUGGCCUCCGUCGGACUCUUCGCCACUCCGACGAGCGGGCCUGGCGGCUCUACCUCGCCUGCCUGGAGCUGGAGCGCCCGGGCGUGCCCCGUGCUGCGUGGCAGGUGCGGGUCGUCCUCGGGCACUUCAUCCAGCACUGUCUCCUCCUGCGGCCAGCCAUGUCCAUCUUCCGCCACCUCUACAGGUACGUGGACGAGUGCCGGCUCGGGCCGCCUUCGCCUCUGCCGGGUCCCGCUCGGCAGGAGGUCCGUGUCUUCCGAGGGCUCAUCUUCCAGGCGGUCGUCGACCUCGCCGCGCCCGUGUCGGACAUCGUGCUCUGCUCCGACUCCUCCGAGGCGGGCUACGCCCUACACCGCCGGCGCUGCGACCCCGAGGCGGUGCGCCGACUCGCGCGCCUUCGGGAGCGCUGGCGCUUCACGCCCGACGAGAAGCGGCCCGAGGCCCUGGAGGACGACACCUACACGCCCGGCUGGCUUCCUGGCGCUGGAGGGGUGCUCGGUGAGGGGGACCCCAGCUGCGGCAUUGCGACCUGGGCCCCGCCACCGAGGAGGGCCGACGAGCGCCCCCGCGGUACCGUGCGGGCUCGGGUUGCACAGGCCCCGCGGCGGGCGACCUUCGAGGACAUCCCCGACGAGCUCGUCGCCCCUGACGCCUGGUCGCUGGUCGUGGAAGGUGCCUGGAGGACGCGGGCGCCCAUCCACAUCCUGGAGGCCCGAAUCGCCCUCGCGGGGCUCCGACACGCCUCCAGGAGCCUCGAGUGCCACGGGCGCCGCGUCCUCAGCCUCGGGGACAACAUGGCCGAGGUGCUCUCGACCGAGAAGGGCCGCGCCGUCGACGUCGGCCUCGGCUCCGUGUGCAGGCGCAGUGCUGCCAUCCAGGUGGCCACCGGCAUCCGCUGGCGGCGCCGAUACCUCGACACAGAGAGGAACAUCAGCGAUGGUGGCUCGCGCAAGGCCCUGCAGGGGCUGUACCGCCCUGGACAGCGUCGCGUGGGGCCUGGCGCCGGCGCCGCGGGGGCUGUGGGACGGCCCGGUGCGGCCCCGCCCCCGCCGCCGCCCCUGGGGCAGGAUGCCGGCGCUGCGGGGCCGGCUCGGGCUGCCGCCGCCUUGGCGGCGCCCGCCGUCGCGGGGGCGGCCGCGUGGCGGCCACGCUGUCGCAGGCACGGGCUCCACCCGCCGCCGGCCGCCGCCCUGUCGAGGCUCGGCCGGCCGCUGGGGCCGGUGUGGGCCCAGGUCUUCUCGGGCUGCGGGCGCUGGACUGGUGCCCUGGCCCAGGCGGGCCUCGUCGUCGCGGCCCCCAUGGACAUCAAGCACGGGCCCUGGUGCGACCUCCUCAACCCGAAGGUCGAGUCUCAGGUGCGUUCCUGGAUCACCUCCCGGGCCGUCUGGUUCGUCCACUUCGGCACCCCGUGCACCCCGUGGUCCAUCUCUCGGCGAGGGGCUCGCGAGGUCUCCGCCAUCAGGGCGGCCCGUCGGUGCGCUCACGUCACGGUGCGUCUCUUGGAGGUCUGCAGCCGCUACGGGAUUCACUGGUCUCUGGAGAACCCCCAGUCCUCGGGCCUCUUCCGUUGGGCCCCACUCCGGAAGUUCUUGGACCAGCACUCGCGUUCCUGGGCUACCUAUCACUGCUGCCGGUUCGGCGCGCCCUACAAGAAGCCCACCACCAUCGUCUCAAGUCUGGGGGCCCUGCACGACAUCGGCCUGCUCUGCGAAGGGGGCCACAGGCACGAGCACUUGUCUGGGAAGGUACGUGUCCGUGCGCCCACGGGAGGGCUCAAGCAUCAGUGGAAGACCACGUUGGCCGGCGCGUACCCCCCGGGUGCCUGCCACCUCGCUGCCAGCAUCUUGGCAGCGGCAGCGCCGCGCGGCGCCAAGAGGCCAGAUGGCCCCCCGCUGGAGGAGGCUCCGGCCGAGGGCCGCGGGCCAGUGCGCCGGCGCCCCGCCGCUGCCGGUGCCGCGCGGCGGCCGCGCGCCCGGCGGGAGCCCGCUGACUACAACCCUGGCUUCCUCCGGCGCUCGAGGGUGACCGCCACGACCGCCGAGCGGUACCACGCCAGCCUGCACGAGUUCGCCGCGCAGAUGGGCCUGGACCCGGCGCGCUGGACCGCCCGCGACCUCCCUGCCGUGGACGCCGCCCUCGACCGCUUCCUCGAGGAGCUCUUCGUAGCCGAGCGGUCGCGGGGCGACGCUCGGUAUGCGCUGGCUGCUGUCGCCGACCACUUCAACGUCAGCCUCCGCCAGCCUGGGGUCCUCCCGCUCGCUCGCGCUGCCAUGGCUGGCUGGGGCAAGCUGGAGCCUGACUCGACUUCGGAUCCCCUCCCGUGGUCGGCCGCGGUGCUGAUGGCGUACCACCUGUCGCGGACUGGCGUCGAGUCGGACCUCGAGGCCGCCCGCGGCCUCGUUGUGCAGUUCGACACCUACCUGCGGCCCUCGGAGCUGGUGCUCAUGCCCCUGGUCGCGUGCUUCACGCCGGGCAUGCACGCUGGGGUUCACUACAACAAGUACGGGAUGGUCGUCGCGCCGUCCAGCCAGGUGGCCGGCCAUCUCAUCGGCAUCCGUACCAGCAAGACCGGCGUGCAGGAUGACACCGUCCUCCUUGAUGAGGCCAGCCGACCUGGCGUGAUCGGUGCCUUCGCCGCGCUCAUCCGCCAGGCUCGCCGUUCUCGCUCGCAGACGCUGCUCCCUAGCCACACGUAUGCCUCGUACAAUAAAGUGCUGCAGAGGGCCGCUCAGGCCGUAGGCAUCCCUUUCAAAGUCACGCCUCACCUCGCCAGGCACGGCGGGCCCAGCGAGGACUUCCUCCGCCGUGCCAGGACGCUGCCCGAGAUCCAGGCGCGCGGGCGCUGGGCCUCUUUCCGCAGCGUGCAGAGAUAUGAGAAGGCUGGCCGCCUCCUCGCGGCCAUCCGCAAGCUUCCGCCUGCUGUCCGGGCCGCCGCCUGCAAAGCCGAGGCUCGUGGACUCUCUUUUCUGGCAUGA